AUGGUCUUAGGAACUGAGACACCGCUCCUCUAUCCGUCUCCAGGCGGGUCUGCCCACAUGCAGUACCCAAAUAUGAGUACCCAGCAUGAUGACAUCAUCCCACCAACCCCAUCACAUACACCCCAUACAAAUGCAGGUGUACGUGACAGGGUUGGUGCCAUAAUAAAAUAUAGUGAGGAUUUUUUACAGUAUGGUUUUACCUCAGUAAUAAUAGGAGGAAUUGAGAAACCUCAAUGUGUUAUUUGUUGUAAGGUUCUAUCAGCCGAAUCUAUGAAGCCGAACAAACUAAAAUGCCAUUUAGAUAACAAGCAUCCGAGCUUUGCAGGCAAGGAUACCAACUAUUUUAGAAGUAAAGCUGAUGGACUCAAGAAAGCCAGACUUGACACUGGUGGCAAGUACCACAAACAAAACGUAGCAGCCAUCGAAGCUUCAUAUUUGGUGGCACUCGGAAUCGCCAGAACUAUGAAACGUCACACCAUUGCUGAGGAUUUACUAUUGCCAGCAGCCAAAGACAUUGUUCAAGUUACGAUCGGAGACAAAUUUGUUAUGAAAUUGAGUGCAAUUUCCUUAUCUAAUGAUAUUGUCCACAGAAGAAUGGAUGACAUGUCUACUGAUAUUCUUGAUUAGGUAAUCCAGGAAAUUAAAUCUGCUCCACUUCCAAUAUUUAGUAUCCAGCUUGACGAAUCUACAGAUGUUGCAAACUGUUCACAGUUACUGGAUUAUGUGAGGUAUAUUAAUGACGGUGACUUUAAAGAUGCGUUUCUUUUUUGCAAACCUCUUGAAACGACAAAUACUGCACAUGAUGUAUUUGACACAGUGGGUUCAUUUCUGAAAGAGCAUAAGAUCUCUUGGGAAAAGGUUUGUGGUGUUUGCACUGAUGGUGCUCUAGCUAUGCUAGGAUGUCGAUCUGGAUUUCAACGUUUGGUACUGAAUGAGUCACCAAAAGUCAUCGGAACUCACUCUAUGAUUCAUUGGCAAAUAUUAACAACGAAGACGCUGCCACAAAAGUUACAAGAAGUAAUGAAAAGUGUCAUAAGUUGUGUCAAGUGUGUAAAGGUGAGCAUUUUAAACAGUCGACUGUUUUCGCAACUGUGCAAUGAAUUGGAUGCGCCGAACAAUGCUCUGCUAUUUCACACUGAAGUGAGAUGGUUGUCGAGAGGAAACUUUUUAAAACGGGUUUUUGAGCUUUGUGAUGAACUCAAAACGUUUUUUAAUCAGAAAGCAAGACCGCAGUUCGAAGCACUUUUCAGCGAUAAAAGUGAACUGCAGAAAAUAGCUUACUUGGUUGACAUC